CUUACCGUCCAUCUCCUGAUCCUUACAGCAGUCCCAAGGAAAGCCAUGCUGUUUGCCAGAGCAAUCCUUUUGCUCCUCGGGAUGGGCGCUGUGAAUGGAUUCCACCCCAACCACGAAUCAGGAGAUCUUGAUCCGGGUGACUUCACAGAUACCGACAUCACCGAAAAAGGGAUACUGAAGGCUGUUUCUUGGUUCAUGGAGACAUCUCCCAUUCCUGGAAAAUUUCCCAAGGCUCCAGGAGAGCUAGCUGAUAAGAACUCGACUGAAUUGUUCAAAGCAUAUUUUGAAGCUGAUGUGUCUCCUGAUCGGUUUGUCAAAGCCCUUGAGGAAAUUGUCAAAGGGAACAACCAAGUGGAGGUCGAUAACGGGGAAGACAGCAGUUACUUCUUCCACUGUGGAGAAAUUGCCAAAAGUAUAGCCCAGCUUCGAGCCCUGAGGAAGGCCAUGCUAGUGAGUCUUGAAGAGCCUGUGACUUUAGCAGGCUUGGAGUCAGCUCGCCUAAAUGCUGGGAAGGCUCUCCAUGUGCUCCAGAAGUUCUAUAGCAACACCAAUUGGGUUGAAAUGGGAAAUGAUGACAUUUACGAAUUUCUGAUAAAUGAAGACAGUAAUGUUACGGUACCCAUUGCCCCUGCUUCUAUAGCAACAUGUAAAGACUGUGUCAAAAAUAUCAGUGGAGUGUACACAUGUGUGGACAACAUACUUGUGAAGGACAUGCUCGUAAGCGGUUACAAGAUAUCAGCAACUUGCAAGACCAAACCACAAGGCCAAUGUGGGCACGGAGGGAAAAAUGAUACCACUCAAGACACCUAUCCCACUGGUGGCAUCAACAAAGAGACUUCUGACCCCAAGCUCUCCCCUCAUGCUCACCUGCAUAAGAAAGCAGCGGAACUAGCUAUUCAAGCCACAAAGAACUUCUUUGUAGAAGGGGAUGCCAGCCUCCUCACCAUGGUGGACAAAGACGUCUUCCAGAAGUUUUUCAACCUGAAAGGCUACUCUCUCGUCUUUGUGAUAGACACCACCAGCAGCAUGGCUGACGAUAUUGCCCAGGUCAAAGAAAAAAGCAUCCAACUUAUCCAGAAAUUUUCCACUUUGCCGGACGCACCCAUCAACUACAUUGUGGUACCCUUCAAUGAUCCAGAUUAUGGUCCAGCCUUUAAAACCCAAAAUGUGAGUGAGUUGAAAAACUAUAUAUCCAACCUUACUGUUGCUGGUGGUGGUGGUGACUGCCCAGAAAUGUCAUUAAGUGGUUUGAAGUUGGCUUUGGAUGAGAGUUUGCCAAGUUCCAAAAUCUACAGUUUCACUGAUGCUUCCGCGAAAGAUGAACAUCUGAAGGAGCAAGUCGAGAUCAAGAUUGAUUCUACUCUGUCAGAGGUGAACUAUCUCCUCACAGGGACUUGCUCAAAACGGAAACACCGAAGUACGUGAAAUCUUGUCAAGGGAUAAGAAAGUUGUAGCGCUUCUUUCAUCAACAGAAAGAAAAAAAGAAAAAAGAAAAAUAAAGAACAAUAUCAGAAGAUUAGAGAAGAGAUACAAAAGCAAGAAGAAGAAUGGGAAAAGAAUUUUUUAAAAACCCCAGUAUUACACAAAAAAUAAAAAUCCUACCGACACAAAUUUCGCAAACAUCAGAAGAAUAAAUUUGAGAAGAGGGUAUAUCUAAAUACGAAUAUUGUAUAGAUGUUAGAUAGUAUUACUUUGGUUCAUGCAUCUAUAUAGAUUUGUUUCAUUGUGUUAUAUGAAUAUGUAAAUUGAAAAUAAAAAAUAUUAAUCUAGAA